AGAGUAUAAGAAAUUUCAAACGGUCGAGCUAUUCGGCUCUUAACCCUCCAAAACAAAUUGAGCUGCAACUUUUGAAGCUAACUAUUGUUUCAGUUUAAUUAUUAUUUCAAUUUUAAUUUAAUUCUCAGAGAAUGGGAAUUCCGGCGUUUUACCGGUGGCUGAUCGAGAGGUACCCGCGGUCAGUAGUCCCUGUGUUGGAGGAUACGCCGCCGGUCGUUAACGGAAUUAGGUUGCCCGUCGACGUUACGAAGACGAACCCUAACGGCGUCGAGUACGACAACCUGUAUCUCGACAUGAACGGCAUUAUACAUCCGUGUUUUCAUCCUGAAAACGGGUCCACUCCGAAAUCUUACGACGAGGUAUUUGCGGCGGUUUUCAAGUAUAUCGAUCAGAUUUUUUCAUUGGUUAGGCCUCGCAAGGUUCUCUUCAUGGCAAUUGAUGGUGUUGCACCAAGGGCUAAGAUGAAUCAACAGCGAGCAAGACGAUUCAGAGCAGCCAAAGAUGCAGCUGAUACGGCUUCUGUAUUAGAGAAACAAGGAAGUGACUAUGUAAAGAAAGAUGAACACUCAGAAAGUAAAUUGCUCGACUCUAACUUAAUCACUCCCGGGACUGAAUUCAUGGAAUCGCUGUCAUCUGCACUUCAAUAUUAUGUACAUUUAAGGAUUAACAAUGAUCCUGGUUGGAAGGGAGUCAAGGUAAUCCUUUCUGAUGCUACUGUACCUGGCGAGGGAGAGCAUAAAAUAAUGUCUUAUAUCCGCUUGCAAAGAAAUCUUCCUGGGUUUGAUCCAAACACACGGCAUUGUUUGUAUGGUUUGGAUGCAGAUCUAAUCAUGCUUGCUUUGGCUACCCAUGAAGUUCAUUUCUCAGUUUUAAGGGAGAGUGCGCCCCCCGAUGGCAAAGGUCACCAGACUCACAACAUGAAGAAGACAGCUGAAAAGAGCUAUUUGAAGCCCAAGGAGGUCCCUUCUGAAUAUCUUGAAGACAUCAUAUCAAAACAGAAGUUUCAGUUUCUCAAUGUAUGGAUACUCCGGGACUAUUUGGCAGAGAGCCUGAGAAUACCAGAUCCAACAGUAAAAUCUGACCUUGAAAGACUGAUAGAUGAUUUUGUUUUCAUGUGCCUUUUUGUUGGAAAUGACUUUCUACCCCAUGUGCCAUCAUUGGAGAUAUCAGAGGGAGCUAUUGAUUUGCUUAUGUCUGUUUACAAAAAAGAGUUUGUCCGAAUGGGUGGUUAUCUCACUAAUGCUGCUGAGGUAAAUUUGAAAGGAGUGGAGCACUUUGUUCAGACUCUUGGUUCACAUGAGACUGCAAUUUUCAAGAAACGAAGGCAGAACCAAUUGCAUUGGGAGGAUCGUGUAAGACGUUUUCCUGCCAUCUUGAAUUCCUAUCCGAAAUCUGAUGCCACAUUUUUGGUAGACAAGGUAAAUCUAGGAGAGGAGGGUUGGAAAGAGAGAUACUACACUGAGAAGUUUCAGGCUCAAAGUGAUGAUGACCAUGAGAGAGUUAAAAACGAGGCUGUCUUGAAAUAUGUUGAGGGGAUAUGCUGGGUCAUGCAUUAUUACUACCAAGGAGUGUGCUCGUGGCAAUGGUUUUAUCCAUACCAUUAUGCUCCCUUUGCAUCUGAUUUUCGAGGCCUAGACCAGCUCGAUAUUCACUUUGAACUUGGAAAACCCUUUAAACCGAUCGACCAAUUAAUGGGUGUCCUCCCUGCUGCAAGUGCAGGAGCACUUCCUUUAUUCUACAGGAAAUUAAUGACAGAUCCAUCAUCCCCUAUUCUGGAUCUCUAUCCUACUGAGUUUGAUCUUGAUUUGAAUGGGAGAAAACAAGAAUGGAAGGCUAUCUGUAAAUUACCCUUUAUUGAUGAGGCUCGUCUUCUUAGUGAAAUUGCAAAAGUGGAAAAUACAUUAACGGAUGUGGAGAGGCGGCGGAACACUCUGGGCAUUGAUCAACUAUUUGUUGACAUGUCACAUCCAUUAGCAGCAAAAAUAUUUACUUUCUGGGAACGGAACAAAGAUCAUCCGAAGCUGCGGAGAGCUAAAGUGAGAACAAGAAUUAACCCAAGAUUUAGUGAUGGAAUGAAUGGGUAUGUGUACAUUUCCGACAAGCCCAUUUGCCCUCCAGAGAUCCUUUCACCUUUACAUGACAUGAAGAUAAUCACGACGAACAAAGUCUUGCUGGUCUUUUAUAAAUUUCCUGAUCUUCAUCCUCACAUCCCUAGACCACCAGAAGGAGUUAGAAUGCCUCAAAAGAUCAUUGGAAAGCACGAUUUGCUACCUCCACCAACGCUGUGGCAUGAGUCGACUAUUUCUCAGAGCAGAUUUUCCACCCGACCUAUUCCUCCAAAGUCGAUUGCAGGGUCGUCUCUUGCAGAAAUAUCUCACCACCUUGUUGCUGGAAUUUAUAGCAGUGAAGAUCGAGGAAAUGUCGGGAAAAGAAGCCAUAGCGCUUUGAACCAAAGUGGAAAGAAACACAAGAGGCGUAGUAAAAAGAAGAAACUGAACAAUGCCUAGUGUUGCUGCCAAGAGUUUCAACCAGGUGGCAUGUUCCUCCUCAACCUUGCACAACGGCAUGUUUCUAUCUGCUAACGUGAGGAGAUGGAGCGCAUGGGCCGUGUACCUGUAACUGUAAGUGGGCGUUUACUUUGGAGGAUUUAGCCUUGAUAGAUAAAAAUAGUAUGACUAAUCCCUUGUUUAUUUUGAUGGAUUGAAACUUUGAGAUAUCCUAAGGCCCUUGGUUAUUUUUAUCAUUCAAGCUAGUUUUGCUUGAUUCUUAUCCCAUUAAAAGGGUGAGAUUGAAGAUAUCCUACUAUUAAGGAUAAAAAUACUCAAUCAUACAAAGUAAACGCCCCUAAGAGUUUUUUUCCGCAAGAUGAACUCCUAUUUGGUGGAUUGGUUUCCUCGAGAUGUAUCUUUCAGUGUUGUACUGCACUGUUUUUAGCUUCAACCUAUAUUUUGUAAUUUUGUAGUUUCUUUUUUUUUUGUUUUUUCUUCCAAUGUACCCUGUUGUAACUUGUAACCUGUGACAUUCGUGAGUAAUGUUGUACCAUUUAUUUGUUGAAGAAUCAUGUGUUUAUACA